UUUAUACUCCUUCCCUAGCUUACCUCACCUACCUCACUCAUGUGCUGGAAGCCUUACGUCUUGUCCGACAUCUUUCUAUUAAGACGUUACAAUGAGAUACAUCAGAGAGCUUUAUUGACUUUAUAAAUCCUCUCUCUUUUGGAAAUAUCGGCAUUCCACUAUUAUCACGAAUGAGUAUGUGAUUGAUAUUCUUUGUGAAUCCCUACUGCAGCUCCGAGAACAUUCACAUUUACUCCACAACCUUUGCCCUCUCUUCGACUGAUUUUAAUCAUUCACUCCGUCAGAUCAACUCAGCUGCUACUCGCUCAAGCCCUUUCAUCAUCAGAGGUACAGGCAAGUAUCCAAGCACGACAAGCCCGACGUUUUGUACUCUCUUGAUCUCUUACCUCCAUUAAAUAACAUCCAUCUUUGAGCUUCGAUUGCCCAAAAUUUCAGAUUCUUGAGGCCCCUCUCUUGAAUCUAUAUUCAAGCAGCGGCACUCCCGCAGAUUUCGUCCUGGCAGGCGACAACCCCCAUAUACCAUUAUCCUUAUCCACUCCCGACGACCCAUCCACCCCGACUUCCCCUCAAAGAUCAACCAGCACUGCCUUCUCAGCCCAUCCCCUUCCACCAUCAGACCGAUACGCAACUGAACAAGUCAAUCCCCUUCCUACAUUCAGCAGAUAUAACACAGUACCGACAACAAGAGCAGGUUCCAGAACCCGCAGCACACCGCAAGCUGAGCUCCGGCCGAGUCGUGCUCCAGAGCAAGUCCUUGGUCGUAGGCGUCGAGAUCAUAAUAUAGACCGAGGGGAACAAUCAAAUACUCUUCCGAGUCCUGGGGACUCUUCCAAUAUUUCGAACCCAGAAAACGAAUAUCGUCGUAAACGAAAACGACAAAGUGCUAGUAUGAAAUUUGACAGAGAGAGUAGUAACUCAAACGGUAACUCGAGGCCAUUGUCAAAUGGAGCCGGGCCUUCCUCCUUACACAAGGCAGCUCUUUCCAACUCCACCAACGGUGCAGUAGCCAUGAAUGGAUCAAGUACAAAUGGUCAUUCAGACACAGGUAUCAAGCCGGCAUCUACAUAUUUUGGACAUGAUAGGGAGGAAGUUACGAGGAUCUUGAUUCAAGCAUUGUUGGACUUGGGUUACAAUGGUGCUGCUGGAACUCUAAGUCAGGAAAGUGGCUAUGAUCUAGAGAGUCCAACAGUAGCAGCUUUCCGAAAUGCAGUCCUACAGGGCGAGUGGGCUGAAGCUGAAGAACUCCUUUUUGGAGGGUCUACAGAGGAAGGAGGAGUUAGCAUUCAUGGAAAUGGCUUGGUUCUCCGAGACGGCGUGGAUAAGAACUUUAUGCGAUUCUGGAUACGCCAACAGAAAUUCUUGGAACUACUUGAGCAAAAGGACAUGGGCAGAGCGAUAAAUGUACUGCGAUCUGAGCUCACCCCGCUGGAUCAGGACACCCCCAAGUUGCAUUUUCUGUCAAGGUAAGUCGUGUCAAUUUACCUGCGAGCACUAUCUGGAUAGAGACUAAUCACUUGUCUCAGCUUAUUGAUGUGUACACCCGAAGACCUCAAGAUCAAAGCUAACUGGGAUGGGGCCGCUGGAGAAUCAAGACGACAGCUUCUUUCGCAGUUAUCCAGUAAGUUUCAUGUCGAUGCUAUUGGUUGGCAUAUUGUUGAUUUUCUCCUAGGAUGCAUAUCACCGUCCGCCAUGUUGCCCGAGCAUCGUUUGGUCACCCUCUUCAACCAAGUUAAACAACAUCAAAUAUCUAGCUGUAUUUACCAUAACACAUACACUUCUCCUUCACUGUACCAAGAUCAUACAUGCGACCGAGGUAACUUCCCAUUGCGGCCGGUUUUGGAGGUUGAUAAACAUUCUGGCGAAAUAUGGGAUACCAAGUUCUCACACGAUGGUACUCUAUUGGCGAGCUGUGGGAGCGAUGGCGUUACCGUAAUUUACAACGUGCCGGACUUUGAUGUUCAUGUUGUUCUUUCCGAACAUGAAGCGGGUGUUUGUUCUUUUGCUUGGAGUCUUGAUGAUACUAGAAUGGUCACGUGCGGUCGUGAUAAUCGUGCGUGUUUAUGGAACACUGCAGUAAGUUCGAACUUCACAUCAGAAUCCGUCCAUUAGAAGCAUUCUUGCUGACUAUUCAGACCGGUGAAUUAAUGAACAAACUCCCCCGUUUCAGUGAGCCUGUGACCUGCUGUGUAUGGGCUCCAGAUGGACAGUCCUUCGUCAUUGGCAGCUUGGGCAAUACCAAGAACUUAUGCCAGUGGAAUCUCAACGGUGAUCUCAUCUAUGAUUGGGGUCGAGAACAUCGUAUCCGAGACGUAGCAAUCACGUCGGACGGAAACAAAUUAGUGGCCAUCGAACACCUGACCCACAUUUAUGUUUAUAAUUUCGUAACCCGCGAGCUUGAAUACGAGCUGGACCUCAAGGUUCAGCUAUGCUCAAUCUCCAUUAGCCAAAAUUCGAGGCACCUACUGGUCCACUGCUGCACUGGGGAGACACGCAUGCUCGAUGUUGAGACAGGCGAAACAGUACGAUCUUUCAUAUCAGGGGACAAAGGGGGUGAAUUCAUUAUCAGAAGCUCUUUCGGUGGUGCAAAUGAGAGUUUUGUUGUUAGCGGAAGCGAAGGUAUGAUUCAUACAUCGGAUGGCCGGUCAGUAUUGCUAACAUAUCACUUAUAGAGGGGAACGUUAUAAUAUAUCACAGAGAGAACGGUGCAGUGGUAGAGAAACUGGAAGGACAUAAGAAAGGCUGCUGCAAUGCAAUUUCUUGGAAUCCGACGAAUCCAGCUAUGUUCGCUUCAGCCGGUGAUGACGGCAAAAUUCGCAUGUAAGCAUCAUCUCUUUGAGUCAUUCUGUGGACUAAAACUAAUAAGCACACCAGAUGGUCGAGUGAAAACACUUCAGGACGAUCCUCAAAGUCGAGGGCAUCCAAUGGUUCCAAUGGUGCGCAGCGUGUAUCUAACGGCUGGUGAUUGGACAUUCACGCCAGUACCAAGAAUUCAUAAGCACUUUCAUCAGAAGUGACAUCACAAAUUUCAUUAUUUUACAUCGACAACAUCGUUAUUCACAUUACACACACAUAGUGCGGCGAAUUAGGAGAAUUGGGUCGAGUGUGGAAAUGGUUGCAUAUGGAAGGCAUUUUGUGGUGUUCGGGGACAAACCUUUAUGGUAGCGGCUUGGGGUCUUUGUUAGUGUGUGUUCGUGAAUUGUUCUCGACUUUUUAGACCCUUCACGCAAAACUACUCUUACACGGAUAGAUCAUUGCGAGUAAGUGGGGCCUUUGAGAGGGGUAUGAUUGAAUGGUAAGGCAAACGCAAGGCAAGGCAAUGCAAGGCAUGGUAGAUAAUUAUAC